UUUUGAUUGAAUAUGCAUAUUUAUUUUAAAUAAAACCCACUAUUAUGAGAAUAUUGUGCCAAUGACAUCUCUAAAAGAAAAAAAAAAAGGUCACUUUCUUUCUCACACUUUAAGGAUACAACAAACAAUCUCAAUUUCUUUUUGUUAUCUUUUUCUUUCUUUCUAAAGCAAACAUUUUUGGAAAAUAACAAAAGAAUAAAUAGCAGAGAGUCUGUAACGAGAAGAAGGACGAAUAUCUCUCUCUCUCUUUCUCUCUGCUUCCUUCUCGAUUUCUGAUUCGCUCACCGGCCGAGGAAUCAGAUAUGGCGACGAGAACGGAAUCGAAGAAGCAGAUUCCGCCGUACAUGAAAGCAGUCUCAGGCUCACUAGGCGGAGUGGUCGAGGCUUGUUGUCUCCAACCAAUCGACGUAAUCAAAACGCGUCUCCAGCUAGAUCGCGUCGGCGCUUACAAAGGAAUCGCUCACUGUGGUUCGAAGGUGGUUCGCACCGAAGGAGUUCGUGCUCUCUGGAAAGGCUUAACACCGUUCGCUACUCAUCUCACGCUUAAGUACACGCUUCGGAUGGGAUCCAACGCCAUGUUUCAAACCGCCUUUAAGGAUUCCGAGACCGGAAAGGUCAGCAAUCGUGGCCGUUUUCUUUCCGGAUUCGGUGCCGGUGUUCUUGAAGCUCUCGCCAUUGUUACACCCUUUGAGGUGGUGAAAAUUAGACUUCAGCAGCAGAAAGGAUUGAGUCCUGAGCUUUUCAAGUACAAAGGACCAAUACAUUGUGCUAGAACCAUCGUGAGAGAAGAAAGCAUACUUGGUUUAUGGUCAGGUGCAGCACCGACGGUUAUGCGAAACGGAACCAACCAAGCUGUAAUGUUCACAGCGAAAAACGCGUUUGACAUACUCUUGUGGAACAAACACGAAGGUGACGGUAAAAUCUUGCAGCCAUGGCAGUCAAUGAUCUCAGGGUUUUUAGCUGGAACCGCAGGUCCGUUCUGCACAGGACCGUUUGAUGUGGUGAAAACGAGGUUGAUGGCUCAGAGCAGAGACAGUGAAGGUGGGAUUAGAUAUAAAGGGAUGGUUCAUGCCAUUAGAACGAUUUAUGCAGAGGAAGGAUUAGUGGCCUUAUGGAGAGGGUUAUUGCCGAGGCUAAUGAGGAUUCCUCCAGGACAAGCCAUUAUGUGGGCUGUUGCUGAUCAAGUCACUGGUCUUUAUGAGAUGAGAUAUCUUCGGAAUGCUCCUUUAUAGGCAGAGACACUUUUUGAAAUUCAGUGUUUCUAGUUGGUGUAUUUCUGAAAAUUCUUGUUAGGAUUUUGAUUUGAUCAAGAAAAAUAAACCUAAUCGCACAUUUUAUAACGAUGUUACUCUAUAAUCAAAUUUUGGGAGUUCCAUUUUGUUGUUGUCUGUAAGACUCUGACUAAAUAAGUUUUACU